AUGGUAAUCGUCACUUGGCAAUUCGAUGUGGUAGCACAACAUGAUGGGAGAGAAAAUACCUAUAAGUUGGAGAAAGAUGGUGUCAAAUUCACCUUGAUGCCAAUGAAAAAGAGUUCCAAAACCAAAGCUUCUAAAGUGGAGGAGCGGACCUUCUUUACUGUUACACAUUCUGGGACAGAGUUAGUAGUUGCUUUCAAAGCGUCAAGGGUGAUGUAUGAACUAAUUGUGAAGCAAGUAUUGACCACUGAAGGGGAGUUGAACACAAAAGAGUACCUAGAAGCAAUCAAGCCAUUGUUAGAAGAAUUUAGUGAGGUGAUGCCAGAGGAUUUACUUGACGAUUUAUCACCUAUGAGGGAUAUUCAUCACCACGUUGAUCUAAUUCCUGAAGCUAGUUUGUCGAACCUACUUCAUUAUUGGAUGAGUCCAAAGGAGAGCGAGAUUCUAAAAGAAAAGGUGGAAGAAUUAUUAACAAAGGGGUACAUCCAAGAGAGAAUGAGUCAAUGUGCAGUUCCUACCUCAUUAAUGCUAAAGAAAGACGAGAGUUGGAGGAUGUGUGUAGAGCAGGGCCAGCAAUAA